GAAGCUGAAGAGGAAACUACUUUCAUUCCAAUCAAUUCACACAAUGAAAGAAGACCUGAAUCUGGUGACAACUCUGGAGAUGGCAAAGGUGGAAACCCUGAAAACUGAGUGGCAGUAUAAAUUUUGGAGCCAGAUCUAUCAGGGCCAUCUCAGCCAUGAACGCAAGAACCAAAGGGAAGUGACCAUUUCCCCCAAGUGAAUCCUGGGCUAUCGAAUAAAGCAGCUCAUCCCCCCGAACAAGGAGAAGGCGAAGAAGUAUGGUGGUUCAUCCUGUUUAGGAAAGUCCUUGAGUUUGGAGGAUUCCAGAAACAUGAAGGAGAAGGUGCUGGACGUAGUGAGAGUCCUCCAUGAUCUGACUUAGGAGAAAAAGAUGUGCUAAUCUUCCUCAUUAAGUGUCUUCAGCAAGGAUGGGCAACUGUAGGAUCUAGAGCAGAGGGUGUCCAAGGUCCUGAUCUCUAGUAAGCUGCAGCUGGAGGACCCAGCAGGUCCUCUCCUAAGCAGCCUUGUUAAUGCUGCUGGGAUCUUGCAGGUGUGCACAGAAGCCAUUCUGGACCUCCUGGAUGCCCUGAUAAAGCUGUCUGAGGAGCAACAGCUUGUGGCUGAGGCCCUGGAGAAGGGGACCCUGCCCCUGUUGAAGGACCAGGUAGAGUCUAUCCUUGAGCAGAAUUGGGGUACGUAAGCCAGCAAUCCCUAUGACAUGGACUGUGACCCUGAGGCAUGAAUGCUCUGUGCCUUCUAUGUUGCUCUCACCAUCUUGCUGCAGCUGGGUGGGGAGCCUACUCCUGUCUCUUCCUAACUACAAAAGCCCUUUAACUGUUCUCACAAGCCUCUGGGGUCUCCCCUCCCCAGUCCAUCUUCACUGCCAACACCACCACAGUCACCUGUCACUAAGAGGACCUCUUUAAAACAAGUGGCUGAUCAUCCUUUGAUAGGUCCUAUUCACUACAUGUUAAUGCAUAUGACUUCUCAUUAAAAGUGGCAGAUUCCAGAGGUUCCAGUCAAGAUGGCAGAAUAGACUGUUCCCAGGUCACUCUUUCCCACAAAUCAAUUUACAA